AGAAAAACCCCACCAUCUUGUGACUGAUCAGAUCAUUGUGACAAUCUCAAAAAUAUUUUCAAAACGUUACGGGUAGUUUAACGUGUACGUCAUUUCCUCCUUGUUCAUAAAACACGCUUCAUCGAGCAUUUGGCUUCAAGGAAAAAUGGCAAAUUUUACCACUGAAAACGAGCUCGAAGAUAUUCUUCAUCAAAUGGGUCACCAUAUACAUGACAAAAACCAAUUUGCAACUUUCAAGAAUGAAAUUGAUAAUCUACUCGACCGAGAGCUUUGUCUGUCAGAUGCCGAUGAAGACGUUAUGAAUGAAUCUCUAUUUGCUUCAUUAUCAGUUGAUCCAGCCGCUCAAUUCAUACGACAAGAACGAAAUUUUCCAACCGAAAAUCUGAAUAUUCAGUCCCCAAUUGUUUCUAGAAAAAGACAAGGAAAACGGUUUAUCUACGAAAAUGUAGAGUUACAAAGCGAUUUCGACGAUGAAAGCUCAAACGAGUAUCCUGAGAGAAACCUUCUGGUCGAUCGAGCGUGGCGAAGCAUACAUCGUGCAAUGGAAACAUGCAAUGGUGCCACAGAGGUUUUGACUUUUUCGUUUUUUUUUUUGUUGAAAAAUGCUGACUUCCAUUCAAGAUUUUUUCCAUAGAUUAAGCUGGAAAAUGUUCAAAAAGUCUAAAAAUAAUAAAAUUGAAUCCUGUGAGCCAACCGAACGUCAAGAUUCAGAUGUUUGUGCAUUUUAUUUUAUAAAAAAUAAGUUUUAAAUAUUUUUUCAGACUCUUAAAUCAAUAUCACUGGAUGGCAGCGACAUACAAGAACGAUCAAGUGUGGAUGAUGAGGAAAAUAUCGCUGAAUCAGUUUCCGUGGGGUUAAGCACUGAAACUGAACAAUCAGAGCUUCAAAAAUCUUCACGACCGGAAAAAGAAGUUUGGACUCGGAAUGUGUUGUCACUUGAACCAGGAAGAGCACCAAAAAAAUAUGAUCCGGUCACAAGAUAUCAUUUCUACAAAUCUGAAUGGGAUCGUCAUCCGGCUCCAGGUGAAAUGCGUCGUUUAUCACUUCGUUGGAAAGUUCGAGAAUUCAUGUUACGUCAUGAUGUUCCACGAUUGAAUGAAAAUAAUGAAGAUUGGAAGGCUAAUCACGAUAAGGACUGGUCACCUCGCCCAUAUAUAGAUUAAUUUCUUUAAAAAGUGUUAUAUAUUUAUGAAAAUCGUUUUGAAAUCUCAAAAUUCUUUUGGCAAUAAUCUUCUGUGUAAAAUGAAU